AUGACGGCCAUCUACAUCAAGAACCGUCUGCCAUCGCCCAAGAUUCCCCACAAAACGCCGUUCGAGAUCGUGUGUGGCUCAAAGCCAAGCGUCAAGCACAUGCGUAUUUUCGGGUGUCAAGCAUACAUCUUGACUCCGAAGGAAAAACGACUCAAGUGGGAUCCCAAGGCUCGUGUCGGCAUCUUCAUGGGCUACGAAGAAGUUUCCAAGGCAUAUCGCGUGUUUGACAUCGAGGCUGGACAAGUUGUGAUCAGCCGUGAUGCCAACUUCGACGAGUCAGCUUUCGGGAUUUCGAUGGAGCCAUCAAGUGAAGAAGUCGAUGAUGCAACGUUGGACCUCGAUCUUCUCGACAUCAACGACAGCGAUGUGCGCCAGACGAACUACAGACAGACCGGCUGUUGA